AUGCCGUCAAAUUUUGCGCCGAGGAUUCUCCACCCAGGAUGGUUCCUUCAAACACUCCUCUGUCUACAAAUACUUGCCGUAUUAGCGCACAAUAUUCCGUCUUCCCCGGGUUUCUUCAACCCACCAGUCCCUACCUACGGCAGCGGGUUAGGAGGCGCCAGCAUCUUCGCAGAAGGGAAAAUCAUUGUUUUGCGGAAUAACAACACCUGCCCAGACCGCCAAGCGGCGUUCGGCCCACAAGUUCCUGAGGAAGGCAUAUUCGGUGUGGUGCUCCCUCUGUCGAACUGGAGUCACCUUGGACGGGCAAAAGGCGAUGAGCGGGUACAGGGGCCUACAUUGGUGGCUUUCACUGGACGACAUGAGCAGAAUUCAGGUUGCGUUGAGGUCCCAGGGGUAACUCUGCCGAAUUGGAUCGCAAUAGUGCAAAGAGGAGAUUGCUCGUUCGUACAAAAAGUACGCGCAAUGCAAAGCAGUGGAGCCAAAGCGGUGGUCGUAGGCGACAACGUACCACAUUCUCCCUUGAUCACCAUGUUCGCCAGCGAGAAUGUUUCCGACAUAACUAUUCCGUCGGUGUUUAUUACUUUCACGGAUUAUCACUCACUGCUGGAGGAGGCUGACAUCGGGGGCCAAAGAGGCGUGGAGAUUGUGAUCUUACCAGGACAAACGGACGUGCCAUUGUUGGAGAUUCUUGUUGUUACAGUACUCAGCCCAGCAGCAGUCAUGAUAGCUCUCUAUCUGAUUUGGAGCUAUCGGCAAUACGUCAGACGGCAACAGGAGCUGGCUCCACUCGCCGUUGUGCUCAAUCUGCCAGUCAAAAUCUAUAGUACCGAAGUUAGCAAGGAAAAUGACCCCACUGAUUGUGCAAUCUGUUUGGACGACUUCCAGGACGGCGAUGAGCUGAGAAUACUGCUUUGUAAACAUGAGUAUCACAAGGAGUGCAUAGACAAAUGGCUGACGCAACGAAAGCGGACAUGCCCAAUAUGUAAACACGACACCUGUCCCACCACCGAUUCCGCAGACGAGACCACUCCACUAUUGCCUGGCUCUGCGGAUAAUGUCUGA